AUGACGUACGACACACGAAGAGCACACGUGAUUUCAAGGUUAUACCAUGCACAGAGAAAACUGCAGAAAAUCCGUCAUUUGCCUUACAAGACACUUUGUCCCCCCGUUUAUGUGCGUACCAAAGUGGGUAGUACAUCUCGUAGUGUCAGGUGGGUGUGGAAGAAAUGGAUAUUUGAUUGUAACAACAAUAAAUUUGAUACUCCUGAGACAACAAAUAUAAAGUGGAUAAAAAAUGAUAAACUGAAAGCCUAUAUAAGAGGUCAUUCAAAGUUAGAUUCUACUGGACAACUUCCCAAUGAAGUAGGGCAUCUUUACUGGGCAGUAUUUAAGGAAGACGACUACGACAACGACCGUGAGCCAUCAGAAACUCUUCCCUUCAGAACACAAGUAUAUGUCGGGAUAGCAAAGAAUGGUAUAACAAAAAGAUGGACGGGUGCUGGAACAUCACACU